UCCGACACCAACGAAGAAAACACAAGUGCGUUUGUGGAGCAGAAUCAGCAAAAGUAAACAGUCUGUCACUCGCAACAUCCUUCAUUUAGAAAGUUCCAGAAUAAAUAAACACCGAGAAGAGCUCAGCGGCAGCGGUUGGGGAACACGGUUUACUGCGGGAUCACUAUCACCGAACCAGACGACAACCAUGUCUAUCAUUCACGAGGAGAGCGUGCGGGGCGGCAGCAUGUUCCGGGACAUCAACGCCGACGACGAGGACUCACAACCCACCGAGAUCGAGAGCAUGUGUAUGAACUGUCACGAAGACGGUAUGACCCGUCUGCUGCUCUCCAAGAUCCCCUUCUUCAAGGAGGUCAUCGUCAGCUCCUUCCGCUGCGACCACUGCCACUGGUCCAACACGGAGAUCCAGUCCGCGGGCCGGAUCCAGGACCAAGGCAUCCGCUACACGGUGAAGAUCAGGUCCAAGCCGGACUUGGACCGGGAGGUUGUGAGGUCUGACAGCGCCAUCACCAAAAUCCCUGAGCUUGAUUUCGAGGUGCCCGCGUACACGCAGAAAGGCUCUCUGUCCACCAUCGAGGGGCUACUGGACCGGGCCGUGGUCGCCCUGCAGCAGGACCAGGGUGUUAGGAGGGCGGAAUUCCCCGACCUGGCCCUCCAGAUAGACGAGUUCGUCAACAAGUUGCAGAAGUUGAAGCAUGUGGAGGAGGAGUUCACGCUGAUCAUCGAGGACCCCUCUGGGAACAGCUUCGUGGAGAACCCCGUCGCCCCCCAGAAGGACGAGGCGAUGACCGUGACCCACUUCACCCGGACGGUCGAUCAGGACGCCCAGCUGGGCCUGUAUCCGGAGAACCAGCUGGAGGAGGAGAAGACUGAGAACAACCUGGAGGCCAUGCGGGGCGAGGUGCUAAAGUUCAAGACUAACUGCCCCGAGUGCAACGUGCCCGCCUCCACCAACAUGAAGCUGGUGCAGAUCCCCCACUUCAAGGAGGUCAUCAUCAUGGCGACCAACUGUGACGACUGCGGCCACCGGACCAACGAGGUGAAGUCCGGCGGGGCAACCGAGGCGCUGGGCACCAAGAUCACCCUCCACGUCACGGACGCCUCAGACAUGAGCCGAGACCUGCUCAAGUCCGAGACCUGUGGCAUCCUCAUCCCGGAGUUGGAGUUUGAGCUGGGCAUGGCGGCGGUGGGCGGGAAGUUCACCACCCUGGAGGGUCUUCUGACCAACAUCAAGGACCUGAUCGUCUCCAAGAACCCCUUCCUGUGCGGGGACAGCAGCACCAGCGACCGCAGCGAGAAGCUGCAGCAGUUCGGAGCGAAGAUCGACCGGAUCAUGGCGGGGGAGAUGGACGUGCACAUCAUCUUGGACGACCCGGCGGGCAACAGCUACAUCCAGAACGUGUACGCACCGGACCCAGACCCCGAGCUGACCAUCGAGAAAUACACGCGCACGUUCGAGCAGAACGAAGACCUCGGGUUGAACGACAUGAAGACGGAGGGAUACGCUGAGUGAACAGGCCCAGUUGAACUUGGAUUCAGCACAAAAACUUUUGCCGUUUUACUUUUGAUGGGAUGGGAUGGUGAUGGAACCUUGCCACAUUUUUUUUUAUUUGUGAGCAUUUAUGGUUAUUGCUUGUUCAAAUCAAAAAACGGAAUUCCCGUCGUCUAUUUCCAUGUGUAGUCCCAUCAAUUUAAGAAUAUGCGUUAUGAGUUUUCAAAUUAAAUAAACACGUUUAAGAAAUAUGACAGUGGAGGGUGGUGAUUUCCCUCCACUCGAGGGAACAAGAAUUCCAUCGCAUUCAUCCACUCUAGGCUUGUACCCAUGAUGGGUUAUUGCAUUAUUAGGACUUUCCAGAAGAUGUCGCUAGAUAAUUUGGCAUCGUCAGAGUUUUGUUUGAAUUUCAUUAUUUUACGCUAGUCUACAUUAAAGAAAAUUUGAAGUUGUCCCCGAAA